UGAGACUGACAGUAACAAACGAGCUGCUUCAUUUGACUAAGUGAAGAUGCUGAAGAUGAUGAGUCUGAGCUUUGUGCCGUUGCUCUUAGCAGUGGGGGCAUUGACGCUGGAGAGCAACAAAGCGGAGUAUGAUUACUUCCAAUACCAUCCAAUGGAGGAGAUCAGCAGCUGGAUGGCUCAGAUGGCGAAGGAAUACCCUGAUGUUGUGACCAUAGUGGAUUAUGGGAAGAGUUAUGAGAACAGGACGAUUAGCUUGAUGAGGAUUGGCAUGAAGACUGACGCCAAAAAGAAAGCCAUCUGGAUGGACUGUGGUAUUCAUGCCAGAGAAUGGAUCGCUCCGGCGUUCUGCCAGUACUUUGUUAGACAGAUUCUCCAAACGUACAAAACAGACGCUAAAAUGGAAGCCAUGAUGACAAACAUGGACUUCUACAUCACGCCAGUGCUCAAUGUCGACGGCUACAUCUUCUCCUGGACAAACUCCUCAACCCGACUGUGGAGGAAGAACAGGUCACCGGGACCUUCGGGCGACUGCUACGGCACCGACCUCAACCGCAACUUUGAUGCCAACUGGGGCACCGUCGGAGUGUCGUCUGACUGCAACUCAAACAUCUACCCCGGCAGAGGGCCCAUCUCAGAACCUGAGGCCCAGGCCGUAACUUACUUUGUUGGAAGCAGAAAGGAAGACUUCCUGUGUUUCCUCACCAUCCACUCCUACGGCCAGCUGCUCCUGAUUCCCUACGGACACCCCAACUUCACCGCCUCCAACUACGAUGAGCUGAUGAAGGUGGGAGAGGGAGCAGCUGAAGCCAUUUGGAAGGUCCAUGGGGAAAAGUACAGAGUCGGAACCUCUCCAGCUGUGUUAUACGCCAACUCUGGUUCGUCCAGAGACUGGGCCCGAAUGCAGGACAUCCCCCUGACUUUCACCUUCGAGCUGAGAGAUAACGGCACCUACGGCUUCGAGCUCCCAAAGGAGGAGAUCCAGCCGACCUGCGAGGAGGCCUACAGCGGCGCCCUGCACAUCAUCACCUACGCCCACGACAAGACCUUUAACGGCGCCACAGCCACCGUCGCAGCGGCGGUCUGGACCAUGCUGUUAGUACUGGGGGUCAACCUGAUGUGAGCAGAGAAGCAGACCUCACACUGUAAAAUGGAAGCUUGAAAUUGUUAGGUUAAAAUAUUGGCUCAGAAAUGCGCGAUUACUACAUCAAAACAAGCAUUUUUACAAAUAAAGAUUUUACAGUGUUAACUCUUUAAUCUCCUACAUGUGGGUUUAUUUCAAAUUUUCCCCAAAAAGGCUGCAGGAUGCAACUUUUAUUUUAAAAAAUGUAGGCUUUUUUACAUAUUUGUUCAAACUUAUUAGGAGACAGAUAAUCUGUGGAAGAUCCAUCUUCUCCACUUCCUCUCUGAGCUACUAUUGCUGUCUGAUGAAAUGCACCCAAAACAACCAAUCAGAGCCAGGAUGUGGGGCUUAGUGCUGCCAGUCAUCCUCAUGUACUUGCUGUUAAAUGUGCUAAUGGAAGAGAAACAACUUGCCUUUACAAGAAAACCGUUUACUGCUGUAAUCGGUGGUCAUGCUAACUAGCCUUAGCAUAGCAGGGCACACAUGGGCAUGAUU